AAAAAAAAAAAAAAAAUAGUCAUUUCCGACCACGCAAUGCUGCAUUGAGCAUCGACGUCGUCUCGCUCUCUAUCAACUUCUCAAGCGCGUGACUGUUUCUUCAUUGAAUUUCCACGAACCUCCCCCCUUCUUUCGACAGGAGAACUCACGAGCCCCCUAUGUCCCAAAAGGUGCAUCGGACUCAAUCGUGGACGCAUGAUAUUGUCCCACUUUCCUGUCUUCGACCGCCUCGUUCUAGCGUUCGCAUGACGAUCUACCGCCAACUCACCGUCGAUCUUAUACGAACAACUGGGCCACGAUACAGGUGUCCAAGCAAACACCUUCCCCAAAAGGUCACUGAAAUUCCCUCUUUAUUUCCCCACACGCGCUGGAUCCACCCCAGGAUUAAACACCAUAAUCCACAAGGAAUCUCCACGUACAGCUGCAGAACACGCAGAUGCCGGGACAACGAAACCACCGCCAACACAACGACAGCGACGACGUCGACAGCCUGCACGGCUAUGAUAAGAAGAGCUUCGCCUACCGGGCGCGCCAGUUCUCUCAGCAGCGGCAGCAGCAGCAGCAGCAGCAGCAACAACAACAGCCGUACACCGGGCCCCGCCCCCCUGUGCAAGCAUGGACGCAAACACCGCCCAACUCUCCCCAGUCCCCACGCCACUUCCUCCACCGCUUGAGUUCGGCCUUUUCCUCCUUCACCAAGACGUCCAAGCGCUCCAAGUCGGCCUCGACGCUGUCGACGUCGACGAGUAAGAACCGCGCUCGACCGUCCACGACCACCCCCACACCGGGAUCGCCGCCGCCGCCGCCGCCAGUCCGGCGCUCCCUCAGCCCGCUGCUCCAGCUCCAGCUGCCCCCCCUUUCGCCCUCGUUGCCCGACACCGGCACCAUCAGCACCACGGGCACCACGGCCAGCCCCGCCAGCACCAUCACCGCAGCACCUGGACCCGGAGCUGCACCGGGCCCGCACCACGCCUCGUCGUUCCCGGCUCCGGCCUACCACCACCGCCAUCACCGCCCCGAAUCGUCGUCGUCGUCGCUCUCGUUCCGCUGCGCCGGCGUCAGCGCCGCAUUGCUCGCUUCGCUCUGCCCCUCCACCGCCGCCGCUUCCGCUGCUGCCACUACCACCGUGGUAGGCGGCACAGGCGCGCCCGCGUCCCUUCCGCCGCCCCGCCUCCCGAGCCGCGCCCGCGACGUCCAUAGCCAUAGCGCGCCGCCGGGUCUCGCCGCGGCACCCGGCCCGCCGCCGCCUUUCUGGCCCUCUGCGCUGCCGCUGCCGCCGCCCUCGCCGUCGCUGGCACCCUCGUCGCGUCCCCCCUCAUCGCGCCCGGCCACUGCCGCGUCGGUGCUCGUGCCUUGCGUCUUCCAGCCCGAUGCUGGCGAUGCCUACGGUUACGGUUACGGCUACGGCUAUGGCUACGGCAUUGACGGCGGGCUGCCCUGCGCGCGCGGCGUCCGCGGCGCUGACACCGUCUUCGGUGCCGCCGCUGGCGGGGUGGGCGGGGCCGACCGGUCACGGGCCCCGCCUUUGCCUUACUACAUGCAAUACCAGCACCCGCACCCGCAGCUAGACGCAGAGUUAGAGCUAGGGCAAGACGACGACGACGACGACGACCGCCCUCGCCGCCCGCUGCCCGGGCCCCCCGUCGACUGGGCCGCCACGACGCGCAACUCGUUUGUGUUCCGGCAGCGCGGCGCGCGCGUCGCGUCGCCCGCGUUCGCGUGUCUUGGGCCUUCUUCAGGCAAUGAUGACGGCGAGGAAGACGACGACGAGGCCUUUGCUCCCGCGGAGUUCGGCGCCUUGUCUGCGUUUGCGCCUGCGGGUGCGGCUGCGUCUGGCGCGGGAACUGGCACCGCGACCUAUGCGACCGACAGCAAUGGCGCGCGGCAGAGUCGCUGGAGCAGGCAGAGUCGGCGCUGCCAUUCCCCGUUGCCGUACAAUUACCACUAUCAGCAGCAGCAGCAGCAACACCACCCGCACCCACUGCGCCAAGACAGCUCGAGCGCGGACGUCGAUGCCGAUGUCUCGGCCCCGCCAGGUGAGUUCCUAACGUACACGCUCAGCCUCUCGAUCCCGUCGAUGCCGCCUACGCCGCCGCCGAAGUCGCAGCUGCGGCUGCGGGGGGGAGCGGGCGAUGGCGAGGACGAAGUCGGAGCUGAUGCCACGGGCCGAGGCACGCGACAGCGAGAGACGUCGGCGUCGCCUGGCCCCGACGCCCGCGCGCAGAGGCCCGCCUCCCGCGUGCCUUCCUUCUUGCUGUAUAUCGUCGGUGGCGGCGGCGGUGGGGGCGGGGGCGCGGGGCGGCGGCGCGCGCUUGAGGAGCGUGAGCGAGAGCGAGAGCGAGAACGAGAGCGUGAGCGGGGAGGGGAAAGGAAUGGUGAUGGUGGGGAGGGGGAGAAGGGAGCGCUGGAUAACGAGGGCAAGAAGCUCAAGACAAAGAAGCUGAAACGCAACGUUUUGCUUGGUCUGCUGUUUCCGGGGCAGGGGGGGCGGCGGCUGGCGAAGAGGAAUGGAGGAAAGAAGGAAGGAAAGGCUGAGGGUAAGGGUGAGAAGGCGUGAGGGUUAGUUGGGUUGUUGCUGUUGCUGUUGCUGUUGCUGGCGGGGUGGUGUGGCUGCUGGGGAUUUAGUUUUGUUUUGCUUUGUUCUGUCUGUUCGGGUGCUUGGGUGCAUGGGCUGGUGUCUGGUCUGGUUGGUCUGGUUGUUGCGGAUGUGGUUGAGGGAGUUUGGGAUAACGAACGAUGAGGCACGGCACCUAGGCUGGGGGGGGGGCUGAGGCCAACAACGAAGGCAUCACGACACGACACGACACGACGACGUAGGCCCCGCACGCGCUGAACCGACACGAAACUAGUGGAUGGUAUCUGCUUUUUUAUUUUUUCGUUUCGCUUUUACUUUUCGGGGGCAUGUUCCAUACAUAUCAUAUCUACACGCUGAUCGUCUU